CCGAAACGUUGAAGUAUCUCUAUCUUCUCUUCCGAGAAGACGACCUCGUCCCCUUGGAUAAGUGGGUGUUCAAUACAGAAGCACAUCCAUUUCCUGUCUUUGAGUGGACGGAAAAAGAGAAAGAAACAUAUGGUGUUUCAUGAUGUGUACUCUACACACUCCCACUAGAUUCAGCGGUUAUCGUUACACGAACUGUCAGCGUAUUAUCUUCGUUAGCUAAUUAUCGUAUCGUGCCGUUCAUACCGUCUCUCUUAACUUGUAUGAAGCUACAUGGUCAACGCUACUUUGAGCAAGCUCUACGGUAAGUCCUCAGUCGAGGAUCGGUGCUGGUCUGCGGGCCGGCCGGUUCGGAACAGUUACUCAGGUGGACGACGGAAUGUAAUUGGAGUCGGGAGCCACCAGCGUCAAGGACCCUUCUCUACCACUGGCACCCCAUCUCUGCGUCACCAUGUCGAUUUUGAAGCAGGGCGAGUUCGUUGGGUCUCUUGAUUGCGGCACAACUUCCGUGCGAUUCAUCGUCUUUGAUCAGUAUGCAAACAUCGUCUCUCAGCAUCAAUUGGAGUUCCCCCAAUAUUACCCGAACCCAGGGUGGCAUGAGCACGACCCUGAAGAGAUCCAAGAAAUCUCAGAGCAGUGCAUCACUCAGGCUUGUGCGAAACUCGAAGAAGCAGGAUGGGCCAAGGAGAGCGUGAAAGUAAUCGGAAUUACGAACCAGCGUGAAACCACUGUUGCAUGGAGUAGGACUACAGGUAAACCUCUGUGUAAGGCUAUCGUUUGGACCGAUUCUCGUACGAAGAACACUGUCGCUCAUUUUGAGCACUUGCUGGCUACGACCGGCAUCGAGGUAGAGCCUGGGCAAUUUAAGAUCGGAGAAGAAGGUGUUGAAGCUGUACGUGACAUUACGGGCCUGAAGCUCUCCACGUACUUCUCUGGGAUUAAACUUCGAUGGAUGAUUGACAACUACAGUGAAGUCCAGAAGGCCCACGACGAAGAUGAUCUACUUUUCGGAACAAUUGAGUCGUGGGUUGUUUAUAACCUUACAGGCGGUGUCCAGGGCGGUAUUCAUGUUGGCGAAGUCACGAAUGCAUCUCGCACCCUUUUUCUAAAUUUGCGCAAGCUUACUUGGGAUGAGCGGCUGCUGACGUUCUUUGGUUUCCGACGGUCAAUGCUACCAAAACUUGUGUCUUCCUCCGAGGUGUAUGGUCAUAUGUCUCACGGCCCACUGAAAGGGGUUCCUAUCGGAGGACUUAUCGGGGACCAACAAGGCGCUUUAGUGGGAAACAAGUGUCUCCGUCAAGGAGAAGCCAAAUGCACAUACGGUACGGGUGCGUUCCUCCUGUUCUGUACGGGAAAGGACAUUGUCAACAGUAGUCAUGGACUUCUGAGCACGGUCGCUUACCAACCCGGUCCAGGGGCUGCCCCAGUCUAUGCACUGGAAGGAAGUAUUGGGGUUGCUGGAGGCGCCAUUAAAUGGCUACGGGACUCCAUGGGUUUCAUUAAGUCCGCCAGCGAGAUAAACACAUUGGCAGCUUCAGUACCUGAUACUGGAGGCGUGUGCUUCGUAACCGCGUUUUCUGGCCUCCUCGCACCAUAUUGGGACCCCGGUGCUGCAGGCCUACUUAUCGGAUUAUCCUCGUAUACCACUCCCGCACAUAUUGCUCGUGCGACUAUGGAAGCUACUGCUUUCCAGACCCGUGCAGUCCUUGAGAGCAUGAAACUUGAUUCACGCACAAAGCUCGAGCACCUCAAGGUCGAUGGAGGCAUGACCAAUGGCGAUGUUUGUAUGGAGAUCUUGGCGGACAUCGGUGGUUUCGACGUUGUCCGUCCUGACAUGAGAGAGUCAACUGCCCUAGGUUCGGCCCUUCUUGCUGGCUCAGCCAUCCGGCUGUUCGGUUGGGAUAUAUCUAAGCCAGCGACAUUGGCAGAAGUCAAUACCAAAGGUAGCCGAACUUUCAAUCCCCAUAUGCCCGAGGAGGAUCGGGAAAAAGGGUGGACUACAUGGCUGCGUGCUGUCGAGAGGUCAAAGGGCUGGGACGAAGGCGUUUACGAAUAAAAUGGAAGUGAUGCGAUGAAAUAUAAUUCUGGGUGCCAUCAUAUGCUGGGUUACACACUACCGAAACUUCUUAAGAGGAUCAGAUUUUUUCUUCCCACCGCGACCUCCACCCCCACCACCUCUGCCACCGCGAGCACGACCGCGGCCACGACCACGUGCAGAGGACUUUUUGAAAGG